CUACCGUCUGUUCCUCCUAUUCCCUCCUCCAGCAACUCCCCCUCAGGAACACAAAGACUACGUAUUACCACUUCUCUAUGGGAUGACGAAGGCACUGUUUGCUAUCAAGUAGAUGUGCGUGGUAUAUGUGUGGCACGACGCCAAGAUAAUGACAUGGUGAAUGGCACGAAACUUUUAAAUGUUACUGGUAUGUCUCGUGGUAAACGUGAUGGUAUUCUCAAGAACGAAAAGGGACGUGUUGUUGUAAAAGUCGGCGCCAUGCAUUUAAAAGGCGUAUGGGUCACAUUUGCAAGAGCCAAAGCAUUAGCUAUCCAGUUUAAUAUAGCAGACCAUUUACAUCCCUUGUUUGUGGAUGAUCCUGCCAUGUAUUUCUAC